UCGGCAGCCAUGAAAACCAAAAACAUAACAUGGAGAUGAAGAUCACCGCCUCCACCCUGCUGCUGCUUGUUGGCGGUAUGCUGGUCCAUGUCCUGCCUACGAUCUGCACGGCGGCCGGUGGGUUCAGCCUGCCACUAGUCGCCAACCACGGCGGGGGCAGGUACCGCGUGGACGCCGACGGCUUUAUGGUCGUGAACGCCACGAGCUUCCACCACCGUCCCCCGCUGACGCCCCCCCUGGAGUACACGUAUGGCGUGGCCGUGACCAUCGGCACGGGCCGCGGCAAGUCGACAUACUUCCUCGUGCUGGACACGGCCAGCAGCCUGCCGUGGAUGCGGUGCGCGCACUGCUUGCCGGUGCAACGACAACGUAGCCCCGUGUUCGACCCUAGCGACUCGAGCAGCUACCGCCCUCUCCAUCCGACGAGCCCCCUGUGCCGGGCGCCCAACCCCGUCCUCCCCGCCGGCGACAAGUGCUCCUUCCACCUCCCAGGGGAGGCACACGGCUACGUCGGCACCGACACCAUCAUCUUGGGUAAUCCGACUUUACCUAUCCAUAGCGUCGCCUUCGGGUGCGCGCAGAGCACCGAGGGGUUCGACACCAAAGGCACGUUCGCAGGCACGCUGGGCAUGGGCAGGCUGCCUACCUCCCUCAUCAUGCAGAUCAAGGAUCGUGUCGGCUCGCGCUUCUCCUACUGUCUGAUCGGCCUAGGUCACAGCCAGGGCCGGAACGGCUUCAUCCGCUUCGGCGCUGACAUCCCGGAUCCCACGCUUCUGGUCCACCAUCGCAUCAAGAUCCUUCCUACGCCGCCACACCUGCCGCACGGCGUCGCCGACUCGGCCUACUACGUGAAACUUCUGGGCAUUAGCCUCAACGGGACCCCGAUCCCGGGCAUCCGGCAGGCUAUGUUCGAGCGGCGGAGCGAUGGGUCAGGAGGGUGCUUCGUGGACGCCGGCACGCAGGUCACCCAUCUGGUGCCGGCGGCGUACGCGGUCGUGGAGGAGGCGGUGGCGCACAUGGUGCAGCAGUGGGGGUACAAGCGCGUGCGCGACCCCAACUUCAGCCUGUGUUUCCGGGAGCAUCCCGGGAUCUGGUCGCACAUCCCGAAGCUGACGCUCGACUUUGAGGGUCCGGCGAGCCGGACGGUCGCUCACCUGGAAAUCGUCUCGCGGAACCUCUUCCUCAAGGUUGACAACCAGCCAUUGGUGUGCUUUGGGGUGUACCGCACGAGCAGGGGCAGCCCGACGGUCGUCGGCGCGAUGCAGCAGGUGGAUACGCGAUUCAUUUUCGACCUCCACGCCAACACCAUCACCUUCCACCGGGAGAGCUGCGAGGCCGACACCGUGGCCACCCCGUCCGAGUGGUGACCUUGUACGUACCCUUCAUCCGCUACUCGCGGAUCAUUAGCCACUUAUCAUAUCCUUGUGCGCCAUGCGCACCAUCCUUAACUGAGUGAGUGGCAACUCUGAAUACAUAUAUGUAUAUAAUAAACCAUGAAGAUUCAUGCA